AUGGAUAGUACUAGACGUCCCGCCAUCGUUAGUUCCGCGCAUUUCGUCCGCCGAUCGCAUUGCGCCUAUGCGCGGAGUUUCCGCGCUCUUGCGCUGCUCGCGCUGCUCGUCGCCGCCGCCUGCCCCCGCGCGGCAUCUGCUGGCUCCGCGCAGGGUGGAAAUCGCGCCGCCUGGUUGCGCGGGCGGGUGCUGCGGCGACAGAUAGCGCAAUCGCAGCCUCAACAGGUGCACGUGUCACUGGCGGGGGGCGGCCGAGUGCUGGUGUGGUGGGUGACAGCUGGCAACACACCAGCCAGUGUGGAGUAUGGGGAGAGCCGCGGCCAGUACACCAAAACGGCCUCCGGGAUUGUGUCUCGUUACAAGCUCAACGGAUACACGUCGGGGUACAUCCACAAGGUGCUGCUGGGGCGGCCCUUGAAGGACGGCGUUUUAAAGCCCACCACCACCUACUUCUACCGCCUGGGAGGCGCGGGGGCCGAGAGGGCCUUCAAGACGCCGCCGCUGCCGGGGAAGCCCAUCAACGUGGCGCUUGUAGCGGACAUGGACUCUACAUCAGCAGCAGCCGCCACCAUCGCUCGCCUCUCCCGCACCCCCCACGCCCUCGUGGUCUUCCCAGGGGACCUCUCCUACGCCAACGGCUACCAACCAGAUUGGGACAAGUGGCAGGCGCUCAUCCAGCCUGCCGCAUCUCUCCGCCCCUGGAUGAUGGGUGCGGGGAACCACGAGGACGAGGCUGAUGAGGGCGCGCCCAGCUUCAACCCCUUCAAGGCGUACAACGCGCGCUGGCCCAUGCCCGCUGCUGCCAGUGGGUCGCCUUCAAACCUCUUCUACUCGUUUGACAGCGGCAGCAUCCACUGGGUGGUGCUGUCGUGCUACUCCGACUACACCCAAGGGUCUGCCCAGUACAAGUGGCUCCAGGCGGACCUAGCCAAGGUGAACCGCAAGGUGACGCCGUGGUUGAUAGCAGCGUUCCACGAGCCGUGGUAUCACAGCAACAAGGACCACCAGAAGAGCGGCGAAGACAUGCGCGUGGCGCUCGAGAAGAUGCUGUAUGAUGCGCACACGGACGUGGUGGUGUGUGGUCACGUGCAUUCCUAUGAGCGCACGGUGCCUCUCUACAACAACGCCCAGGACCCCUGUGGCAUGGUGCAUCUCACUGUUGGCACCGGUGGGGCCGACCUUUACACAAGUUUCCUCUCCCCCAAGCCUGCGUGGUCGGCCUUCCGCCAGGCAGCGUAUGGGUUUGGGGUGCUGUCAGUGGGAGGGGGCGCCAAUAAGGGCGAGGCGGUGUGGAGGUGGAGGAGGAACAGCGAUGCAGCGGGGGUGGUGGCAGAUGAGGCCAGCAUCAUAUCGCAUGCCAGCAGCAAGGCUCCUGCGCAGUGCCGGGCAUGA